GCUGCUGCCGUGACUGCUGCUGCUGAGCCCCCUGCUUCUCCUUCCCGAGCCCAGCCAUGAACCCCGCCGAGGGGGCAGCGGAGGAAGGGGCAGUUCCUGAUUCCGAGGUGGAUGCCUUUUUCCGAACAGCCAGGGAAGAGAGCAGCAAGCCCCAAAGGCGAGAGAGCAGAAGAAGCUGCAGCAGAAGCCCUGCCGAGCCCAGACUGCCACAACUGGUAGAGGUCUCCCAUACCAGAAGCCAAGGCAAACAACUGGGGGAAGCAACUUCCAGAGAGGUAUUCCAAACAGGGAAGACUACAAAACCUGAACAUCUUUCCAGUUGGCACCCUCGGGUGAGGCCUGAAAAUCCAAAACAAGGAUCUUUCCGAAAUGAUGGUUUAAAAGCUGCUGAUGUCCUUCCCAUACUAAAGGAAAAAGUUGCCUUUGUGUCAGGUGGCCGUGAUAAACGGGGAGGUCCCAUCCUGACAUUUCCAGCACGCAGCAAUCACGACAGAAUAAGGCAGGAAGACCUUCGGAAACUUGUGACUUACUUGGCUAGCGUGCCAAGUGAAGAUGUCUGCAAACGAGGGUUUACUGUCAUCAUUGAUAUGAGGGGGUCUAAGUGGGACCUGAUCAAGCCCCUAUUGAAGACUCUUCAGGAGGCCUUCCCUGCAGAAAUUCAUGUUGCCCUGAUAAUCAAGCCUGAUAACUUCUGGCAGAAGCAGAAGACAAAUUUUGGAAGUUCUAAAUUUAUCUUUGAGACAAGCAUGGUCUCUGUUGAAGGCCUAGCAAAACUGGUGGAUCCCUCUCAACUAACAGAAGAAUUUGAAGGAUCCUUGGAUUACAAUCAUGAUGAAUGGAUAGAGUUGAGAGUUUCAUUGGAAGAGUUUUUCAACAGUGCCAUCCAUUUGUUAUCCAGGCUAGAGGACCUUCAGGAAAUGUUGGCUAGGAAGGAAUUUCCAGUGGAUGUGGAGGGCUCAAGAAGACUGAUAGAUGAACACACACAGCUCAAGAAGAAAGUAAUUAAAGCUCCAGUAGAAGAAUUAGAUCGUGAGGGUCAGAGGUUAUUACAAUGCAUACGGUGCAGUGAUGGUUUUUCUGGUAGGAACUGCAUUCCUGGCAGUGCAGAUUUCCAAAGUCUUGUGCCAAAGAUCACCAGCCUUUUGGACAAGCUGCAUUCAACUCGGCAACACUUGCAUCAGAUGUGGCAUGUCCGGAAACUGAAACUGGACCAGUGUUUUCAACUUCGACUUUUUGAGCAAGAUGCAGAAAAGAUGUUUGAUUGGAUCAGUCACAACAAAGAGUUGUUCCUGCAAAGUCACACUGAAAUUGGAGUGAACUACCAACAUGCCCUGGAUUUACAGACACAGCAUAAUCAUUUUGCUAUGAAUUCUAUGAAUGCCUAUGUGAAUAUAAAUCGCAUCAUGUCGGUUGCAUCCAGGCUUUCAGAGGCUGGCCAUUAUGCAUCUCAACAAAUUAAACAAAUUUCUACCCAGCUAGAUCAAGAAUGGAAGAGCUUUGCUGCAGCACUGGAUGAGCGCAGCACCAUACUAGCAAUGUCUGCUGUGUUUCAUCAGAAGGCUGAACAGUUCCUUUCUGGUGUAGAUGCCUGGUGCAAAAUGUGCAGUGAAGGGGGCCUCCCCUCUGAAAUGCAAGACCUUGAACUGGCCAUCCAUCAUCAUCAGUCCCUUUAUGAACAGGUCACCCAAGCCUACACAGAGGUAAGCCAGGAUGGAAAGGCUUUGCUGGAUGUCUUGCAGCGUCCCUUGAGUCCGGGGAAUUCGGAAUCUCUUACUGCCACAGCUAAUUAUUCCAAGGCUGUUCACCAAGUUUUGGAUGUGGUCCAUGAGGUCUUGCAUCACCAACGGCGCUUGGAGAGCAUCUGGCAGCACAGGAAGGUCCGGUUACAUCAGAGGCUUCAACUUUGUGUUUUCCAGCAAGAUGUUCAGCAGGUAUUGGACUGGAUUGAAAACCAUGGGGAAGCCUUCCUUAGUAAACACACUGGAGUGGGAAAAUCCCUUCAUCGGGCACGAGCUCUUCAGAAAAGACAUGACGAUUUUGAAGAAGUAGCACAGAAUACCUAUACUAAUGCAGACAAGCUACUGGAAGCAGCAGAGCAGUUGGCUCAAACUGGAGAGUGUGACCCUGAAGAGAUCUACAAGGCAGCACGGCAUCUGGAAGUGCGGAUUCAGGACUUUGUCAGAAGAGUGGAGCAGAGGAAGCUUCUUUUGGACAUGUCUGUAUCCUUCCACACUCAUACCAAAGAGCUGUGGACAUGGAUGGAAGACCUGCAGAAGGAGCUCUUGGAAGAUGUUUGUGCUGACUCAGUGGAUGCUGUUCAAGAACUCAUUAAGCAGUUCCAGCAGCAGCAAACAGCUACCCUCGAUGCAACCCUCAAUGUAAUCAAAGAAGGUGAAGAUCUAAUCCAGCAGCUCAGGGAUUCAGCAGUCUCUAACAAUAAAACGCCACACAAUAGUUCCAUCAGCCACAUUGAAUCUGUCCUCCAGCAGCUUGAUGAAGCCCAAGUACAGAUGGAAGAGCUCUUUCAUGAGAGAAAGAUUAAGCUAGACAUUUUCCUUCAGCUCCGAAUUUUUGAACAGUACACCAUUGAGGUAACAGCUGAGUUAGAUGCCUGGAAUGAGGACUUGCUAAGGCAAAUGAAUGAUUUCAAUACUGAGGACCUGACCCUGGCAGAGCAGCGCCUGCAGAGACACACAGAGCGGAAGCUGGCUAUGAACAACAUGACCUUUGAGGUCAUCCAGCAAGGGCAAGAUUUGCACCAGUACAUCAUGGAAGUCCAAGCUUCAGGCAUUGAAUUGAUCUGUGAAAAAGACAUUGAUCUAGCAACACAAGUGCAAGAACUGCUGGAAUUUCUUCAUGAGAAGCAACAUGAGCUGGAGCUCAAUGCUGAUCAGACACACAAGCGGCUGGAGCAGUGCCUUCAGCUCCGACACUUGCAGGCAGAGGUCAAGCAGGUCCUUGGCUGGAUCCGGAAUGGGGAAUCAAUGCUCAAUGCCAGCCUUGUCAAUGCAAGUUCACUGUCAGAAGCUGAGCAGCUCCAGAGAGAGCACGAGCAGUUCCAGCUGGCCAUAGAGUCCCUCUUUCAUGCCACUUCCUUGCAGAAGACACACCAGAGUGCCCUCCAGGUGCAGCAGAAGGCGGAGGUAUUGCUGCAGGCUGGGCACUACGAUGCUGAUGCCAUAAGGGAAUGCGCAGAAAAGGUGGCACUGCACUGGCAGCAACUAAUGUUGAAGAUGGAAGACAGGCUGAAACUGGUUAAUGCAUCUGUCGCUUUUUAUAAAACCUCAGAGCAGGUUUGCAGUGUGCUAGAGAGUUUGGAACAGGAAUAUCGAAGAGAUGAAGACUGGUGUGGAGGUCGGGAUAAACUUGGACCAGCAUCUGAAAUAGACCAUGUCAUCCCCUUAAUCAGCAAACAUCUGGAACAAAAAGAAGCCUUUCUCAAGGCCUGCACACUAGCACGAAGGAAUGCAGAAGUGUUUCUCAAGUACAUUCACCGAAACAACGUCAGCAUGCCAGGGGGAGUGAGCCAUACGAGGGGACCUGAGCAACAAGUCAAAGCCAUUCUGAGUGAGCUGCUACAGAGAGAGAACAGAGUUCUUCACUUCUGGACCUUGAAGAAACGGCGAUUAGAUCAGUGCCAGCAGUAUGUGGUCUUUGAGCGUAGUGCUAAGCAGGCCUUAGACUGGAUUCAGGAAACAGGAGAGUAUUAUCUUUCUACUCACAACUCUACGGGGGAAUCAGCAGAAGAAACUCAGGAACUUCUGAAAGAAUAUGGAGAAUUCAAAGUACCUGCCAAGCAAACCAAGGAGAAAGUGAAGCUUCUCAUUCAGCUGGCUGAUAGCUUUGUAGAGAAAGGGCAUACUCAUGCCACUGAAAUUAGGAAAUGGGUUACCACCGUCGACAAACGCUAUCGGGACUUUUCACUGAGGAUGGGGAAAUACCGCUACUCUUUGGAUAAAGCUCUUGGAAUCAAUACAGAGGAUAACAAGGACCUGGAAUUAGACAUCAUUCCAGCCAGUCUGUCAGAUCGCGAGGUGAAGCUGCGUGAUGCCAAUCACGAAGCUAAUGAAGAAAAAAGGAAGUCAGCCAGAAAGAAAGAAUUCAUCAUGGCUGAACUGCUUCAGACUGAGAAGGCCUAUGUCAGGGAUUUACAUGAAUGUUUAGAGACCUAUCUUUGGGAAAUGACAAGUGGAGUAGAGGAGAUACCCCCAGGGAUUCUUAACAAAGAGCACAUAAUUUUUGGCAACAUCCAGGAGAUUUAUGACUUUCAUAAUAACAUUUUUCUGAAAGAACUGGAAAAAUAUGAACAACUCCCUGAAGAUGUGGGUCAUUGCUUUGUCACCUGGGCAGAUAAAUUUCAGAUGUAUGUUACAUACUGUAAAAACAAGCCUGACUCCAGCCAGCUAAUCCUAGAACAUGCAGGAACAUUCUUCGACGAAAUUCAGCAGAGGCAUGGUCUGGCCAAUUCCAUUUCCUCAUACUUAAUCAAACCUGUCCAGAGGAUUACCAAAUAUCAGCUUUUAUUGAAGGAGCUUUUAACAUGCUGUGAAGAAGGGAAGGGAGAACUCAAGGAUGGUUUGGAAGUGAUGCUCAGUGUUCCUAAGAAAGCCAAUGAUGCCAUGCAUGUUAGCAUGUUGGAAGGAUUUGAUGAAAAUCUGGAUGUUCAGGGAGAACUGAUCCUUCAAGAUUCCUUUCAAGUGUGGGACCCCAAAUCUCUCAUCCGGAAGGGUCGUGAGAGACAUUUGUUUCUCUUUGAAAUUUCUCUUGUUUUCAGCAAAGAGAUCAAAGAUUCUGCAGGGCACACUAAAUACGUUUACAAGAACAAAUUACUGACCUCAGAACUGGGAGUGACAGAGCAUGUGGAAGGAGAUCCCUGCAAAUUUGCCUUGUGGUCUGGACGGACUCCCUCCUCAGAUAACAAAACAGUGCUGAAAGCAUCCAAUAUUGAAACAAAACAAGAGUGGAUAAAAAAUAUUCGGGAAGUGAUUCAGGAAAGGAUGAUACACUUAAAGGGAGCCUUGAAAGAGCCAAUACAACUCCCCAAAACCCCAGCAAAGCAAAGAAACAACAGUAAGAGAGAGGGAGGAGAAGAUGCUGACAGCCAGGGAGAUGGGAGCAGUCAGCCAGACACAAUUUCGAUUGCAUCCAGAACUUCUCAAAAUACAGUGGACAGUGACAAGCUGUCUGGAGGAUGUGAACUAACUGUGGUACUACAAGACUUUAUAGCCAGCCAUAUUAGCGAGCUGAGUAUCCAGGUGGGACAAACGGUGGAGUUACUGGAAAGGCCAAGUGAAAGGCCCGGCUGGUGUUUGGUACGGACAACAGAGCGGAGUCCUCCUCAGGAAGGCCUGGUCCCCAGCAGUGCUCUCUGUAUCUCACAUUCCCGGAGCAGUGUGGAGAUGGACUGUUUCUUCCCUUCAGGAAAAGAUUCCUAUUCAGCAUCCUCUAAUGAAAAUGGAGGGAAAUCUGAAUCGGUGGCCAAUUUGCAGCCUCAUUCAUCCAUCAAUUCCAUCCAGAGCUCCCCUGGUCCAAAGCGCUCUACCAACACACUGAAGAAAUGGCUAACCAGCCCAGUACGCAGAUUAAAUAGUGGAAAGGCAGACAGUAACAUCAAGAAGCAGAAGAAAGUGCGCGAAGGAAGGAAAAGCUUUGACCUGGGAUCCCCCAAGCCUGGAGAUGAGACCACGCCUCAGGGAGACAGUGCGGAUGAGAAGAGCAAGAAAGGUUGGGGCGAAGAUGAGCCAGAUGAAGAAUCUCAUACACCACUCCCUCCUCCUAUGAAGAUUUUUGAUAAUGACCCCCCACAGGAUGACAUGUCAUUAGAAGGAGGCUCCUACCGGGGAAGCUUAAAGGAUUCCACUGGAUGCUUGAAUGAAAAUGUGACACCUUCAACUCCUCCUUCAAGAAACCUUGAAGAAGAACAAAAAGCCAAAGCUAUGAGAGGCAGGAUGUUUGUUUUAAAUGAACUUGUACAGACCGAGAAAGACUAUGUCAAAGACUUAGGAAUUGUGGUGGAGGGAUUCAUGAAAAGGAUAGAAGAAAAAGGUGUUCCUGAAGAUAUGAAAGGGAAAGACAAGAUUGUGUUUGGUAACAUUCACCAGAUCUAUGACUGGCACAAAGAUUUUUUCCUCGCUGAACUGGAAAAGUGCCUUCAAGAGCAUGACCGUUUAGCACAGCUCUUCAUCAAACAUGAGAGGCGAUUACACAUGUAUGUGGUGUACUGUCAAAACAAACCAAAAUCUGAAUAUAUAGUAGCGGAAUGUGGUGCAUAUUUUGAGGAGGUGCAACAAGAAAUAAACCAGCGGCUAACUCUCAGUGACUUCUUAAUAAAGCCCAUUCAAAGAAUAACCAAGUACCAGCUGCUACUCAAGGAUUUUCUAAAAUACAGUGAAAAAGCUGGGCUGGAAUGUUCAGAGACAGAGAAAGCUGUGGAGCUGAUGUGCCUUGUUCCUAAACGCUGCAAUGACAUGAUGAACCUGGGUCGUCUUCAGGGCUUUGAGGGCAAGCUGGCAGCCCAAGGGAAGUUGCUACAGCAGGAUACAUUCUAUGUAACAGAGCAGGAUUCUGGAGGUCUCUCUCGGCCAAAAGAACGCAGAGUUUUCCUCUUUGAGCAAAUUGUCAUCUUUAGUGAACUUCUGAGGAAAGGCUCUCUAACACCUGGGUACCUGUUUAAACGAAGCAUAAAGAUGACAUACCUAAUCCUUGAGGAUAAUGUGGACAAUGAUCCCUGCAAAUUCGCACUCAUGAGCCGGGAAACGUCAGAAAGGCUCAUUUUGCAGGCAGCCAAUCCUGAAAUCCAGCAAGCUUGGGUGGAGGAUAUCAGUCAAGUGCUGGACACACAGAGGGACUUCUUAAAUGCACUACAGUCUCCUAUAGAGUACCAGCGCAAAGAAAACAGCAGCUCUGCUGUAAUGAGACCCCAGACCAGCAGGGUACCUCAGCCCAUCACCAGACCCUAUUCCUCAGGUCCAGUAGGGUCGGAUAAACCUUUGAAGGCUACAAUGCGUAACCCAUCUCUUCCACCUCUGAAAAUAUCUACCUCCAAUGGCAGCACAGGGCAUGAGCAGCACCAGCCUGGGGACAAAUAUGAACUUAUCAAGAAUGACUUGGGUGGGUGCAAUGGGACCUCUUCUAUGGUGGUCAUCAAAGAUUACUAUGCACUGAAGGAGAAUGAAAUCUGUGUCAACCAGGGUGAGGUGGUCCAAGUACUUGCCAUUAACCAGCAGAACAUGUUCCUUGUGUACCAGCCUGCCAAUGACCAUUCACCAGCAGCAGAAGGAUGGAUCCCAGGGAAUAUAUUGGCUCCCCUCACUAAAUCAACUACAGAUAAUAGCGAUGGAGGCAUAAAGAAGUCAUGUUCAUGGCAUACCCUGCGCAUGAGAAAGCGGGCAGAAAAGGAAAGCAGUGGCAAAACUGAAGCCAAUGGCCUACGUAAACCCAAGGAUAUUCUGGGCAACAAAGUCUCUGUUAAAGAGACAAACAGUUCAGAGGAGUCAGAAUGUGAUGACCUUGAUCCCAACACUAGCAUGGAGAUCAUCAACCCAAACUUCAUCCAGGAAGUUGCUCCAGAGUUUCUCGUGCCCUUAGUGGACAUCACCUGUUUGCUUGGUGACACGGUAAUGUUGCAGUGCAAAGUCUGUGGGCGACCAAAGCCGACCAUAACCUGGAAAGGACCGGACCAGAACAUCCUUGACAAUGACAACAGCACAGCUGCAUAUGCAGUUUCCUCCUGCGAUUCAGGUGAAAUCACUCUGAAGAUCUGUAAUGUGAUGCCUCAAGACAGUGGUAUAUAUACUUGUGUGGCAACAAAUGAACUUGGAACAGCGUCCACUUCGGCUACAAUCAAAGUACAAGGUGUCCCUGCAGCCCCAAAUCGCCCUAUUGCUCAGGAAAGAAGCUGCACCUCGGUGAUUCUUCGCUGGCUGCCUCCAUCCAGUACAGGGAACUGCACCAUUUCAGGUUACACAGUGGAGUACAGAGAAGAAGGCUCACAGGUCUGGCAGCAGUCUGUUGCCUCCACCUUGGACACCUACCUCGUUAUUGAAGAUCUCACACCUGGAUGCCAAUAUCAGUUCCGAGUCAGCGCCAGCAACCCCUGGGGAAUCAGUUUGCCCAGCGAGGCCUCUGAGUUUGUGAAACUUCCAGAAUACGACUCUGCAGCAGAUGGAGCCACCGUGACCUGGAAAGAGAACUUUGAUUUCGCCUACACAGAACUGAAUGAGAUUGGAAGGGGUCGAUUUGCUGUUGUAAAGAAAUGUAUCCACAAAGCCACCAGGAAGGAUGUUGCAGUGAAGUUCAUCAAUAAAAAAAUGAAGAAGGAGGAACAGGCAGCACACGAGGCAGCCAUAUUGCAACAUUUGCAGCAUCCUCAGUAUAUCACUAUUCAUGACACCUAUGAGUCACCUUCCUCCUAUAUCUUAAUUUUAGAACUGAUGGAUGAUGGGCGUCUCUUGGACUACUUAAUGAACCAUGAUGAGUUGAUGGAGGAGAAAGUAGCUUUUUACAUAAGAGACACAAUGGAAGCCUUACAGUACCUUCACAACUGCCGAGUCGCUCAUUUGGAUAUAAAGCCAGAAAAUUUGCUCAUUGACUUGCGGAUCCCAGUGCCUCGUGUUAAGCUAAUAGACCUGGAAGAUGCUGUACAAAUCACUGGCCAUUACCAUGUUCAUCAUCUCCUUGGAAACCCUGAAUUUGCUGCUCCAGAAGUUAUCCAAGGUGCUCCUGUUUCACUGGGCACAGAUAUUUGGAGCCUGGGUGUGCUCACCUAUGUCAUGCUAAGUGGCGUGUCUCCCUUUCUGGAUGAAAGCAGGGAGGAGACUUGCAUCAAUGUGUGCAGAGUGGACUUCAGCUUUCCCAAUGAGUACUUCUGUGAUGUAAGCCAUGCUGCCAGAGACUUCAUCACUGUCAUCCUUCAGGAAGACUUCAGGAGGAGGCCAACAGCAGCCACUUGUCUGCAGCACCCUUGGCUGCAGUUUCACAAUGGCAGCUAUUCCAAAAUCCCACUGGAUACCUCACGCCUAUCCAGCUUCAUUGAACGCCGCAAACACCAGUUUGAUGUGCGGCCAAUUCCCAAUGUUAAGAGUUUCAUAAUGAGCAGGAUGAACCCAGGAAUAUAAUGCAAUACAAGUACUUUGAUUUGACACUGAAGCACCGUGGCGUGUGAAAAGAGAGAAGGUGGAAUCUCUCUCUUUAUGUCUGUGUAAAGUAUUCUAAUUGAUGUGAUGUCAAAGAAAGUGUACGUACUUUUCCAGCAUUUGCAUUAUCUUAACUGGUUAGAACUAGAGGCUUUCAGAUGUUGCGUAUGCAACUCCUCGCAUGGCUUGUCUUGCAAUGAUGAAGUCAUGUCAAAUACAGAUGAAUAUUUUAGAAAAAAUACAUCAUUUGAAAAUGGUAACCAAAACACCAUUGCCUUACUUUUGAAAGGCAGCCUUCUAAAAGACCUGGACACCCUUGCUGAUCUUAUUAAACUUUAACUCAUGUAUUUGAAAGGCAACGGAAAGUAAAGAAAUAAAACUAGGCUGACCCUUCACAGUCAGCAUUUCCUGAAAACAACAACAUUGGACUGGAUUCCGAGAUUUUGUAGAAAUAGUUGCUCCUCAAGUCCUAAUGAAGUUCUGUUCCACUAGGAGAAUUCCACUUGUCUUCAAUAAGAAUUAACCUGUGGCAGAAUUGUUUUUUUAUGGCCCUUGUGCUAUCAUAAUGUCAGCUUUGCCUGUAAAGUGACUUAGGUAUGCCGUAUUGGUCAGGAUCAUAGUAUACCUUUGUCAAAAGUCCUUUGGAUUCUCCAGCACUCACAUGUUCAAAGCUAACAUACUGUAAAGUAGCAGUGUGCUACGGCUGAGAUGGUAAAUUCACUGGAACAAAAAAUGUUUUGAUGAAGCACAAUGAGACAUUUUUUAAAACUAAAUUUUUAUAGCUCUUGUACAGACUUUUUUUGUGAAACCUGUGUGUUGAGAAAAGGCUAUGUUACAAUAAUUACUGUAUCUGUAAACUAGAUGUCAAAGACUUUUUCUAUUGCAGAAUGGUUGUUGAAUUCUCAUAUAGUCUGUAAAAUGAAAAGGAAUCUUAUUCCUUUUUCAGUUUUAAAAGUUGAUCAGUUGUGAAAUCAAUCCAAAGUUGGCCAAAGUGUGGUAAACAUAGUGGGUCCAUCCUUACAAUUAUUGCUUCAAAAUUAGACUUGAUGUGUGAGACUGGUAGUUUACUGCAUAUUUGUACACAUGCAUCUCUCUCCCUAGGUCCAGAAUUCUAACAUCUAUGCUAGCAUAUUUGUUCCAUCCCAAACUCUGGUGUUAAAUAACAAUUCAAGAAAGACUAUUAAUAUUAAAAGUCAUUGUAAUGGGCCAUUAUUGUGAACUAAACACGCCACUAACUUAAUAGCCCCUUAUAAAUCAUUAAAGUAUUUUCAAACUAAGAAGCUUUUGAAUAAUAGUUCCAAACUGCAGUUAUCUCAAAUUAAUAUUGUAAGAACUAGUCCAGCUUUUUACACCUAGAGCAAUUUAGUGCCAAGACAGUGACUAAUCAUUUAGAAAUCAAUCAGCAAUUCAUAGUUAACUUUUUCCUCUAUCCCACCAACUAAUCUUCUAUAAACCCUGCAAUGUGGCAAUGGACCUAGUAAUAAUCAAAGGCGUGGUGAGCUCGCUCAUUUUGCCUGUUCAGUUGGCAUCCAUUUGUUGAACACAAUAUACUAAUGGUUCUGGCACAUCUUUUAGUCACUUGUGUCCUAUGCAGCUGUCAGGAUUAGGCAACCUGGUAGCCAAGUGACAAGGGUUCUGUAGCCUCUCAGUGGCACCUGACAUAUUAUAUUAACCUGGAGUAUUUUACUGUUUUCUCCUUUCUCUUGCCCACAAACCCAAACAGAUCAAAUCAGGAGCUGUAAAUGUUCUUACUACAGUGAGAGUAAUAAGAAAGGUGGUGAACACACUGAUAUCUGGUGAACCAAGAAACAAGCCAACAAAUCAGUACAGAAAAGGAGAAAGGUACUUGACUUAGAUUUUAUGGCUAGAAAAUGUGGUUCAACAAAGCAGAGGGCCUUUCCAUAGGGAAAGAAGCUGAUGUCCUUUAACUUUUCAAUGAAGUGUUUUUUCUGCUAUUUUUUAACCAAGAGGUUUGUUAUACUAUGAACAUCAAUGCAGUGAUCAUCCAACCCACUGUUAUAAUAAGGAAUGUGGGGGAAAGGAUCAACUCUUGAGGUUCCUUUUAGUUGCUACAAUUUCCUCAAGGCACUGACAAUCAUCCAGAGGCGGAGCAUAUCGGCUCAGGUAUAAACAACAGCCAAGAUCCAGCCUGAGUUACCCAUGGCGGAAUCCCACUGUAAUCAAUGGAAGAUAUUAGUCACAACUAAGUAGUCCCAGUGACUUCAGUGUGACCUAGGCUAGCUACAAUUCUAUGCAUACUUAAUGAAAACUAGUUACGCUGAACACAGUGGGUACUUACUUCUGAGCAUGGGCAGCCCAAAACAUGUUGAUGUCAGAGGCAAAGGGACAAGAUGGUCUUUCCCCAUUCUAUGUACAAAGGCCAAGGAGACUUUAGCUCUGUUGAUGGGGCAGCAUCCUCCACUGCACCUGAGUUCCGUGAGCUAGUUCAGGGAUGCAUUACAGGCCAUGUGACACAAACAGCUCUAUCUGCUUCCAGGCUUUCAGCAUCUGCACAAGGCGGCUUCUUCAUGUUACAUGAUAACGAUUGAGCCAGCGCCGCUUCUGAAUAAACAUACUUAACAUAGUGAGACCAGACUGCAUGUCAUGGAUCACUUCACUGGAACCAAAGGCCAACCUCAGUAAAGAAUCACAACUUUUAGAUAUGAUUAAAGAAAUAGAUGUGGAUCUUUACCACAUCUCCUUGCUUUUUCCAGCUGUGGUAGCCGCUAGCAUAAAAAAUGCCUACCUACUUUCUAGUUCUGUUCUUCUACAUAUACGUGGAAGAGUGACUGUCAAAAUGUGGACCUACUUUUGGUUCUUUUAUUUGUGAUUCUGGGGAAAUGCAAAAGAGAUUACUUAAGCAUCAUUGAAGAACAAACCUCUGUGGUACAUUUAAAUCACUAUGGAAUAAUCACCUAUGGGGGCAGGGAAAUACCUGAAUCUGUGGCAAGCAAAUAGGCAGGAUUUAAGACAAGGACAGACUGCUGUUUUAUCAUGAAGUCUUGAGAGUUGUUUUCUCAGGCAUAAAGCAGUUUUUGCUUCAAAGGGCUUUGUAAUGUGAAUGUAAAAUCUACAUUGACCCAGAAUACCAGGAAUUUAUUAUCUUCUGCAGCAACAUCAAUAACAUACAAGAGGCUCAAAAGUCAUUUAGGCAUUAUGUGUGACAAUUCCUGGAAUCUUGCUUUUAAUCUUUUGUAACAAAGACUGGCUGCAUCUCUCUCUGUUCAUGUGUGCCCUUCAUCCUCUGCUGAUUUUGUUGGAUAUGUCAUCUGCAGCCAGUAGUUGUAUGCAACAAAGUGUGACUAGCCAUGGUUUGGGACCAUUGGAUUGUAACUAGGAAUUGCUAUACACAACUUAGUUCUCAGAUGAAUAUCUGUGUGCUAUUGCAUGGACAUCUUUCCUAUCCAUUUGUAAAAGAAAAUCCUCCACAGGGCUCUGGUUUCUCCCCAAAGCUGAUUGUUUAUGGGCUGACACAUCAGAAAAUGGUGCUUUCCUCUUUCCUAAGAGAAUAAAUGCCAGACCCUUUAGGGGUGGGGGCUCCCCAAGCUGGUUAUACAAUUACUGUCCAAUAUCAAACUGCUUCUAGAAUCGUUAUACUAGUGACUGUUAACAUGCCAGGAUUCCGUAAUUUCUCAGCUUAUACUCUGAAGCUAGUAGUAACAAACAUCUGUUCUACUUAAGCCAUAUCUUAUCCUUAUGCUCUCUUUUUCAGUGCUGGUGCUUUUGCAUCUUUCUGUCAAACCAUUGAGUCUGCUUUUGCUAGCAUGUCACUUCAACAGUAUACUACUGAAAAUAAGGUCAGACAUGUAACGGGCACAGCAGACUACUAAAAAUACACUUUUAAAAAUAUUUGCAACAAUCAUUUCUGUGGGUGGUGUAGGUGGCAGGGAUUGUAUUAAGAGCUUAAAAAAUUUCAAGGUGCAAACGAAUUCCACAGCCUUAAUCAUUUUCAGUCUUUUGCUGGUCUGCCUUAAGUGUUAUCUCAUUAUUUUAUUAUUGAUUUUGUUUUGUAUGCAUAUGUGUUUUCUAAAACAUGUUGUAAAUAUUUUAUUUAUACUUCCGAUUCUUCAUGUGUAAUGUUGUAAAGUGAUUUCCUGCUGUCACAUGUUCUUACUCUUCUGCAGUAUAUAUAAAUAUAUAUGUUAUCUACAGAUGAUAAAAUCUACAUUUUAGGCUAUUGCCUUCCUUAUAAAUACAAUAUACAAAAGAUUCAA